AUGAGCCCAUCUCGUGUCAAAACGUGCCCUGACGACAAGGACUCGAUCACGACCGACAACAUCGAAUUCACAGAACACGGUAAAGAUAUUCCGCACACUCCGGAUACCAAACAGAAUUGGGUUCCGACCUCAAGACUAUCUGACCCCGGAAGAAAGCGAAUCGAAUCGAUGUCCAUCCUAACCAAGCCUACAACCAGCGAGUCUGUCAGCCAUGACACAGGCGAGGACAAUCUGCCGCUAGGCCAAGCCAUCCGGCAGGACCCCAGAGUUGUGGCGUACUGUGUGUCCCUGACCGUCGUCAUCGUUGGCUGGGGUUACGCCCUCGUGAUAGUUGGCUCCAUCAUCGCCGUCGAGCCGUUCCAGAGAGACUACGGCGAGAUGUACGACGGCAAGAUUAUCAUUCCAUCGCUUUGGGUCUCGCUGUGGUCCGCAUCCAUUCCGCUGGGCAUGGUCUUCGGCUCCGUUUUUGCAGGAUGGUACCAGGAUCGUGUUGGGCGUAUAUGGAGUCUGCGGACGGGCGCAAUCAUUUGCGCCCUUGGGGUCGGCGGUAUCUUCUUCUCGCACCUGCCUGCGGAUAUGAACGCAAAGCGCGCCAUGUUCUUCGUUGGCAAGACUGUGCAAGGCCUAUCCAUUGGCGUCCUCAAGGUCACCGCCAUGACCUACAUCUCCGAGACGGCGCCGACCGCCCUGCGGGGCUCGGCAAUGGGACUGGUACCGACAGGCAACCUUAUCGGCCAGCUUCUCGGCUCUAUCGUGGUAUUCCUCGUCAAUGACGUGCCGACGAAGGCUGGCUAUCUUGCCUCCUUCGGCUCUCAGUGGAUCCUCGCUGUCGUCCCGUUCAUCCUGUCCCUCAUCAUCUCCGAAAGCCCUGCGUAUCUCGAAGAGCGCGGUAAGCCUGACAAGGCGACCAAGGCCUCAGAAAGGCUGUAUGCGCCUCGCGUCGAUCCGAUGAAAGUUCUGCGGAGACUUCGCGCCAGCAUCAUCGAGGAGAAGGAGAUGACUGCUGGAGCCAGUUAUUUCACCUGCUUCAAAGGUACAAACCUCCGGAGAACAAUGGUUGUCAUCAUUGCAAACCUCUUUACGGCUUUGUUCGGUCUUGACCUCAUCGCCAAGUCAAGUUAUUUCCUGCAGACCAUCGGCAUGAAGUCCCGCAUCAGUCUCAUGAUUCUCAUCGGCGGUAUCGUGGUUGGUACAUUUGCCAACGGGCUUGGUGUGUGGAUUUUGUCCCGUGUCGGCCAGAGAAAUGGUGAUCCUGAUAUCCUUAUCGAUAUCAACCUUGCUCUGGGCGGCUGCCCGGCGGUCGCCUACUUCACGGCCGCGGGGUGCAUUCUCGUAAUAAUUGUUUGCGGCAUGGGCGUGUGGCCAGCAUCGUACGCCAUCAUGGGCGAGACGAGUUCUUUGAGGUUACGAGCCAAGACACAAGGCAUCGGCGGUGUAGCCCAGCAAGGGUCUUCGGUGCUGAUGAACCUCCUGCUUCCUUACGCCUACAACCCCGACGCUGCCCAUCUGGGAGCCAAGACGAGUUUCCUUUAUGUCGCGCUGUGUGCUCUUGAAAUAGCGCUCUCCUGGUUCUUUUUGCCUGAGAUGAAGGGAAGAAGUGUGUUGGAGAUUGACCACAUGUUUAACUUGAGACUGCCCGCUCGCCGAUUCAAAAAGUGGAAAGGAGACACUCAAUCUGAGUCGCAGUGA